CUCGCACGCGUUUGAGGACGCGACGCUUUUCCUACGCAGUUCACAGGAAUUAUGUUGAGGUGGAAAUUUCCACGGCGGUGCGGUGCAGCGCGGGUAUGAGCACAGGGGUUGUGUGACGGUGUCAGGUGGUGAGGUGUGAGCUUCGUGCCGUGAACCAGAGCAUAGAACACGCAGAGAAAAACGAAUAAAACCCCGUACUUUAACGCGAACGGGCGUCUUCGCUAGCACAUCUUGCUAACAGGCUAAUGCUGUGGCUCACUCAGGGCGGCUAGUGAGCGGAUCUGUACUCGGGCAUUAACUUCCAGAGACUUUAUCCAGGACAUGGAGUUCCACAGCGCCGGAUCAGGGGCAGUUGUUAUGACCGGGAGCAACGUGCCCGCGUUUCUCACUAAACUGUGGACGCUGGUGGAUGAUCCGGACACUGAUCCUCUAAUCUGCUGGAGUCCUAGUGGCAACAGCUUCCAUGUGUUCGACCAGGGCAGGUUCUCCAAAGAAGUGCUUCCUAAAUACUUCAAGCACAACAACAUGGCCAGCUUUGUUCGACAGCUCAACAUGUAUGGCUUCCGUAAAGUGGUCCACAUCGAGCAGGGGGGUUUGGUGAAGCCUGAGAAAGACGAUACAGAGUUCCAGCAUCUCUACUUUGUCCGUGGACAGGAGCACUUGCUGGAGAACAUUAAGAGGAAAGUGACCACGGUGUCCAAUAUUAAGCAUGAGGACCUGAAGCUGAGUCCGGACGACGUAAACAAAAUAAUCUCAGAUGUGCAGCACAUGAAGGGAAAACAGGAGUCGAUGGACAGCAAAAUCAGCACCCUGAAACAUGAAAAUGAAGCUUUGUGGAGAGAAGUGGCCACACUGAGGCAGAAACAUGCCCACCAACAGAAAGUUGUGAAUAAGCUCAUCCAGUUCCUGAUCACACUGGCACGAACCAACAGGGUUCUCGGAGUGAAAAGAAAGAUGCCUCUGAUGUUGAAUGACAGCAGCACAGCACACCCUAUGCCUAAAUACAGCAGGCAGUACUCUCUGGAGCCAUCACCCAAUAUCUCUUCCCCUGGAUCGACUUUUACAGGAACAGGAAUCUUCUCCACAAACUCACCUGUCAAGACUGGACCGAUCAUCUCUGACAUAACAGAUCUGGCUCAGUCCGGCCCCGCUAGUGCAGACGAAUGGAUUGAGGAUAGGACAAGCCCAUUGGUGCAUGUAAAGGAAGAGCCGUUAAGUCCCACCCAUGGUUCUGAGGUAGAAGAAGUGUGUCCUGUGGAGGUGGAGGUCGGGGCAGGGUCGACUUUACCUGCAGACACGCCUCUUUCCCCCACCACCUUUAUUAACUCCAUUCUGCAGGAGAGUGAGCCAUCACCUGCCCCAUCUCUGCCCCAGUCCCCGGAGAAAUGCUUAAGCCUGGCAUGUUUGGACAAUUCCUCCCAGACGUCCGAGGUGUCCCACCCUUACCCAAGCCUCUCCUCUUCGUCUUCUCACCUCAGAUCACAUUCACGGAGUGAGCUGUGCGAUCAUCUGGACAGCAUCGACACCGGCUUGGAAAACCUGCAGGCAAUGUUCAACGUGCAGUCCAUCAACUUCGAUUCCUCGCCACUCUAUGACAUCUUCAGUUCAAACAGCAGCGCCGACUUCGAUCUGGACAGUUUGGCCACGAUUCAGGAGCUGCUGUCGGAGUGCGGUGACAACAUGAAACCAGGAAACCAGUUGGUUCAGUACACGGCUCAGCCGGUGGUGGUGAACGACCCCAUGACGACCACCGAGAGCACCAGCGAGGAUCUGCCCAGCCUGCUGGAGCUGGAGGAAGACUCUUACUUUAGCCCAGACCCUGCUGAUGAUCCCACCAUCUCACUCCUGACCACUGACUACCAAACUACAGGACCUGAAGACCCCAAGCUCUAAUAGAAAACCAACAGCUUCUAAAAACACUUUUUUUUUUUUUUGUUUGGUUUUUUUUUUCUUGUUUGUUUGUUUGUUUUUGUUUUUUUACAGUUAUCUAUGUUUUCAAUUCACUGUUGUUUCCUGGCCUCUGAUUUCAUAAUCCCUGCGAUAGCAAUAGCAGUAUAUCUUUACAGAAGCGUUUUCUGAUCUUCCUAUUGGUCAGCAAAUACGUGCAUCAGGCUCUCGGGGUUCAUCACACACCUACACUGCAGACGAAUUAGUUGAAGCCCUAAUCUGGAAUUCCCAGAGCAGCUCUGUGGUCAUGAGUAGCACCGAGGAUCAUUAGAAUCCGAAUUAGUGGCGUGGAAUAUAGCAGCGUAUAAAACUAUAUAUUGUAGUAAUGUGUAAAAGGGGGAAAAAAAAGUUCUAAGACCUUCAUAAAUACGUGCUUCGCUCUUGUCCGAUUUUUCACACAGCUUUUGUUCGAGCACCAUGUUCACCAGUGGUGCUGAUUCCUGAGUGGGGCUUUAAUUACUGUGUAUAACAGAACAUAUAAUCUAUAAACUUAGAGCGUAGAGUAUUGAUGCAUCUUCACUGAGCAUGCUGUGUGUGUGUGUGUGUGUGUGUGUGUGUGUGUGUGUGUGUGUGUGUGUGUGUGUGUGUGUGUGUGUGUGUGUGUGUGUGUGUGUGUGUGUGUGU